AUGGCUUCUACGUCACCUCUAUCCUGUUUAUCCCUCACCAAUAACUUCUCUGCACCCCUUCCCAUUUCUAUAUGCUGCUCUUGUUCCCUAUUCCCACUGUUUCCAAAACCAUGCCAAUCUACCAAACAUAGCAAACCAAAACGUCAUCACGUUUCCAAAGUGUCAUGCAAUAGUAACCAAAACAACUUUACACCAAACUUCAAUAAAGAGAAACCAUCCCACAAUAUUGUAGGAUAUAGGAGGGAUGUUCUCGUUGGCCUUGGAGGACUUUAUGGUGCCACUGCUCUUAGCAACAAUAGCCCUUUAGCCAUAGCUGCUCCCAUUUCCCCUCCUGACCUAAUCACUUGUGGCCCACCAGACUUACCAAAAGAUGUAAAAGCCACCAAUUGUUGCCCACCAUUACCAUCUUCAAAACCAAUAGAUUUUGAGUUCCCUACUCUUACCACACCUCUUAGAGUUAGACCAGCUGCUCAUUUGGUCAAUGAUGAGUACCUAACCAAAUAUAAGGAAGCCAUUAAGCGCAUGAAAGCCCUUCCACCCAAUGACCCUCGCAGUUUCACCCAACAAGCUAAUAUUCAUUGUGCUUAUUGUGAUGGUGCCUAUCACCAAGUUAACUACCCUGACCUUGAAAUCCAAGUGCACAAUUGUUGGCUCUUUUUCCCUUACCACCGUUGGUACCUUUAUUUUUAUGAGAGAAUCUUGGGGUCCUUGAUUGGUGAUCCAAGCUUUGCUAUUCAAUUUUGGAACUGGGAUAAUCCACCAGGCAUGACGAUUCCUUCCAUUUACACACAGAAAAAUUCACCUCUUUAUGACCCUCUUAGGCAUGUGGGUCAUCAACCUCCUACUUUUGUAGACCUAGACUAUAAUAGAAAAGAUGAUGAUGAUCCCGAUGCAAGUGGAAAUGUGAAGGACCAAAUCAACUCCAACCUCAGUAUAAUGUACAGGCAAGUUGUCUCUAAUGGGAAACUACCAAGGCUCUUCCUUGGAAGCCCUUAUCGUGCUGGAGAUGAUUCUGAGCCUGGUGCUGGGUCUUUAGAGAAUGUUCCACAUGGUCCUGUCCACGAUUGGACUGGUGAUAAGAGACAAUCGAAUCGUGAGAACAUGGGCAUCUUCUAUUCAGCUGCAAGAGACCCAGUUUUCUAUUCUCAUCACUCCAAUGUGGAUAGGAUGUGGAGCAUAUGGAAAACAAAAGUACCAGGUGGAAAAAGAAGGGAUUUCACUGACCCUGAUUGGUUAGAAUCUGGCUUUCUAUUCUAUGAUGAGAAUAAGAAUCUUGUGCGUGUGAAAGUCAAAGAUUCCCUUGACACAACAAAACUGGGGUAUGUUUACCAAGAUAUCGAAAUUCCAUGGCUUAAGACUAAGCCAAAGCCCAGAAAGUCUAAAGCUAAAAAGCUUGCAUUGGCUCAACAUUUUGGCAUUGGUGUAGCACAUGCUGCUGAGACUACACCAAGGAGUGUUAAGUUCCCUUUGACAUUGGAUUCAAAAGUGAGUACAAUUGUGAAAAGGCCAAAGCUUAUGAGGAGCAAGGAGGAGAAGGAAGAGGAGGAGGAGGUGUUAGUUAUUGAUGGGAUUGAGUUUGAUAGGAAUAAAGCUGUGAAGUUUGAUGUAUUUAUCAAUGAUGAAGAUGACAAAGUUAUAGGACCUAGCAAUGCGGAGUUUGCAGGAAGCUAUGUGAGUUUGCCUCAUUCACAUGUGCACAAGAACAAGAAGAUUAAAACUUGUUUGAGAUUGGGAUUAACUGAUUUGUUGGAAGACUUGGAAGCUGAAAAUGAUGAUAGUAUUGUGGUGACAUUGGUUCCAAAAUAUGGGAAAGGACUUGUCACAAUUAAGGGUAUAAAGAUAGAGCUUGCAGCCGAAUGAAAAUAAGUAAAAUUGUAAACAGCUUGUGGCAUGCUUGGAUAACUGUUACCAACAUGCAAGAUCAAGUUUAAAGAGAGACACUGAUUUGGAAUUUGUACCAAUAUGUUUAGCACUUCUGUAAUAGAACUAAU